AUGGGAGAAGGCUUCCUUUGCGUCUUGAAGGAUGAGCAGGAUUUGAAUAGGACGGUGGCCUGUGUAAUGGCCUUCCAGGAGAAUGCCAGGCAUACCGCCUCUAUGUGGGGAUCCACAGCUGUCUAUUAUUUAGUCUUGGAUGUGAAAGAAACUGACUGUGCAGUCCUAUCCAGUAAACACUGGGAUGACUGUGAGCCAGCUGUUUCUAUACGUACAUCUGAUAUCGUGAUCGGACAAUGUAAGGUAAUAGCUAUAACACGUUUGGAUGGGUCUCAGAAUCUUAGAGUGAAUGACUUUAACUGCACCACAAGUUCUGUCUCUUCGGCACUGGUCAAUACUAAAGACAGCCCAGUACUCUCAAAUUUCUUUGAGGAUACUGAGCUCUACAGAAAACAAGCUGACAAAGCCCUGGAGAAAUACAAAAAGGAGAAUGGUGAUUUUGCUUCUUUCAGAGUGGACAAAGUGAAGAGGGUUGCAAGAGUUAGAGGAGGGGAAAGAACCAAUUACUACCUGGACUUCUCUGUGAGGAACUGCUCCAGUCACCACUUUCCCAGGCACUCUCAUAUCUUUGGAUUCUGCAGAGCAGAUUUAUCCUAUGAUGUAGAAGACUCUGACUUGGAAACCCCAAAAGACAUUGUCAUAAACUGUGAAGUUUUCAAUCUUAAGGAACAUACAAACAUCAGUGGUGUGAAGCAUCGUUUAGGCCUUCCCCUCCACUCUGGUGAGCACGAGCAUUCUCCUGCUGGCAGGCCUCCAUUUAAGCCCAAUGGAUCUAGAGAUCACCAUAAUCCCCACGAGUCACAUAACUUUAGAUGCCCACCUCCUCUAGAAGACAAAAAUUACUCAGACAGUCCACCAUUUUGA